CAGCCUCCAAACAACAACAAGAACCCAAGAUCCGAACCCCGAACCCUGGUCCGAAGUCUGCCUUCUCCUGUAGCCGGCCCCUCGACGAGCCGCCACUAUGAUGCGCAAAGACGUCAACAAGCCCAAGGGCAAGACGUCGGCUUACGCCUUCUUCGUCCAGACGUGUAGAGAGGAAUAUCGGAAGAAAAACCCAGAGCAGUCGGUCAACUUUGCAGAGUUCUCCAAGAAAUGCUCCGAGAGAUGGAAGGGUCUGACUCCCAGUGAUAAGAAGUGUUUCGAGGACAUGGCCAAAGCCGACAAGGUGCGUUACAACAGGGAGAUGAAAGACUACAUCCCACCCAAGGGCUUCGGAAAGAGGGGCCGCAAGAGGAAAGACCCCAACGCCCCCAAAAGACCCCCCUCUGCGUUCUUCGUCUUCUGCAGUGAGUACCGUCCCUCUGUGAAGCAGCAGUUCCCUGGCCUGUCUAUAGGGGACUGCGCCAAGAAGCUGGGAGAGAUGUGGAGCAAACUGACGCAGUCCGAGAAGCAGCCGUACGAAGAGAAGGCCCAGAAGCUACGAGAGAAAUACGACCGGGACAUGGUGGCGUACCGCGGCGGCGGCACGUUCGCCCGGAACCCCGGCUCCUCGGCUCAGGGAGGAGAGGAAGAGGAGGACGAUGAGGGCGACGACGACGACGAAGAGGACGACGACGACGAGUAGACAGACAGACAGACGGAGAGAGAGAGAUAGAGUGUGAGUGCGUGUGUGUGUUUCAGAGUUCUGGCUGCUGAUUGGACCAAGGCAGACAGGGGGGUGGAGCCUCACGGCAGGUGUUCAGGGUAGAGAGAGAUAGGGGGGAGGAGGACGAGGGACAGGUGAAGUCAUCCAGGAGCAGCUGUUUACUGUCUCCGUGGUAACUCGUCCAGGUCAGUGAGACAGGAAGACGCGUCGAUCAGCUGAUCAUUUUAAACGAUUGAUCGGGUCUUGUUUUUAUUGAUGAAGUACAAACUAGAGAACCUUUUUUUAUGAUUAUUAUUGUUAUUGUUAUUAUUAUUGGAUCGAUGAUGAUGAUGAUGAAGUGGUGAACCAGGUCACAUGACUCACACACUGUUUUCAUGUGACCUGGUGCAUGUCCAUCACCUGUAACCAGAGAGAGAGAGAGAGAUCACUGAAACACACACACAGGACCACAGAGUGAGUGAGUGUUUGUGUGUGUGUGUGUGUGUGUGUGUGUGUGUGCGUGCGCGCGCGCGCGUGUUGGUUGUUGGUCGUCACGCGUUAAACUGUCCGACAACAGAGGAUAGUAGAGUAAAAAAAAAAGCCCCACCCACACACUGUAACCAUGGUUACUCCUGCACCCUCCCCCCUCUCAUACCCCUCAUCACCUCCGUGCGUUGCCAUGGAAACCCCCUUCCACGCCCUCCUCGUCAUCAUGUCGUUGUUUUUUUGUUUAUUUUUUAAUUUUCGUACUGGAUGUUUAUUGGAGUUUUGUUUUGUUUUUUUCUUCUUCUUCACUGUCAGAUUAGAAACUUCAACUUUUAUAAUAAAACGAACCAACUGAGGGACAA